AUGAAAUUCCUUACUGCUCUCUUCUUCGCCGCCUCUAUCACCCCUAUUGCCGCCGAUACUGGAAAGGUCGAACCUGUGUCUAUCCUCAACUUGGCCGCUGCCGAUGGAAAAUAUGGAACUCUUCUCAAUGCUGUCACCAACACCCCAGGAGUUCUAAACGCCAUUGCCACGAACUUUCCCGUCACCAUCUUUGGUCCUACCGAUUCCGCUUUCGCUGCUAUUGCCAACACUGUUGCUGGAUUGACCGAGGCUCAAAUUGCUGGAGUUCUUGCGGGACAUGUCGUUUCAGGCGUCCUUACUGCGCAAAACAUUAUUGAUGUUGGAUGUAUUGAACUCAUGACUCUUGCUGGCAAUCAAAUUCGUGUCAUGGUGACUGCCAAUGGAAGCGUGAUGGUCAACGACGCUACUGUCAUCCAACCCGAUAUUAUUGGUGAAGAGGGUGUCAUUCAUGGGAUCGACAAGGUCAUUCUUCCAGGAAGCUUCGCACCAUGUCCAGCUCCUGCUCCAAUUGGGACACCCAUUAGCUCACCAGUUGGCGUACCAGUCAGUGCACCCGUCAGUAUUCCAGUAGGCACACCCGUUAGCAUGCCUGUUGCUGGAACUCCUGCUAGCCAUCCCGGCAAGGGAAAAACAUCAAAGAAGACGUCCUCCUCUAAAUCUUCCAAGAAGGCUGGCAAAGGUGGCAAAGGUUCUUCCAAAUCGGGCAAAGGCGGGUCCAAGGGAAUGACCUCCUCGGGCAAGGGGGGGUCGUCCAAGUCUGGUAAAGGAUCAUCCGGAAAGGGUGGAUCGGCUUCUGCUAAAUCUGGUAAGGGAUCAUCCGGAAAAGGUGGCUCUACUUCUGCUAAAUCCGGUAAGGGAUCUUCUGGAAAGGGUGGAAUGGCCACUAGUGCUAAAUCCGGUAAGGGAUCUUCUGGAAAGGGUGGCUCUGCUUCAGCUAAAUCAGGCAAAGGAUCCUCUGGAAAAGGUGGAAUGACUUCUAGUGCUAAAUCGGGUAAAGGAUCAUCUGGCAAGGGUGCAUCAUCUGGAAAGGGUGGAAUGACCACCAGUGCCAAGUCUGGCAAAGGAUCAUCCGGAAAAGGUGGAUCGACUUCUGCAAAAUCGGGCAAAGGAUCAUCAGGAAAGGGCAUGACUUCUCCUUCUGCUAAAUCUGGCAAGGGGUCAUCCGGCAAGGGAUCUUCUGGCAAGGGAUCCAGACAAUAA